AUGCAUGCUUCUCUGGUAGCUCGUUCUGGCCGUUCGGCAUGGAAAGGCCCAUUCUUUGUUGCUUUCCCUAAUUUGCGCGAUGCGUUGGUGAACAACGUGGCCAUCAGGACAAAGGCGCGUGCAUGUACCAUCUUGCCGAAUUUCGUAGGGUUACGGUUCCAAGUGCAUAACGGGAAGGAGUACCACCCAGUCACGAUCACGCAGGAUAUGGUCGGGCAUAAACUGGGCGAGUUUGCGCAUACAAAAAAGCGCUUCACAUACAAAUUCUCGAAGAACAAGUAG